CAAAGGAGGAGGGGUCCUUUAGGCGUCCCCGUUGCGUAGAAACACAAUCCGCCGCCAGCACGGAUUUGUAAAUUUACGAACGGAAAGGUAAUAGACGUUUAGCAUUUUCACAUCGACUAGUUUACAAAAUCAAAAUACAGAUAUAUACAUGAUAAAUAGUGGCAAGGUGGUAGUAAAACGUAACUCAAUAUCCAUGGUAACUGAAUUCGGUUAAUCGGAACGAGCCAGUUAGCAAGUCAAACUGCACAAUUUUAUACAAAAUCCGCUGGUUCUAUUAAAAAAAAGUGUCCUCAGAUGCCGUCGUUUUCAGACUAAGUUCCUUUGAGCUCAACUAACAAGUCAAAUGUACACAGGCGAAAUAUAACACCGCCCGCUCAGUCUCUACUAACCAGACGGUGGACAGGGUGAGCCGCUACUCUUCGCUAGCUUGGGAAGCUAUUUCGCAAUGUCAAAAUCGUCUUAAAUCGAAGUGGAGGUAAAAUCACACACAAGGAGGAAGAGGAGGAGGAGAGGAAAUGGCUGCCGACGAUGAUGACAACAACAUUCCCGAGCUGGACCAAAAGAAGUACGACGCGGACGAACAAGUGAAGAUCAUCUGUCUGGGCGACAGUGCAGUCGGCAAAUCCAAGCUGAUGGAGAGAUAUCUCCUGGACGAAUAUCAUCCUCAACAGUUGUCAACGUACGCAUUGACACUCUACAAGCACAAAGCCACUCUGGCCAACAGAACUGUGACUGUGGAUUUCUGGGAUACGGCUGGCCAGGAGAGGUUUCAUAACAUGCACCCCUCAUACUUUCACAAAGCACAUGCUUGCAUCAUGGUUUUUGACGUCCAGAGGAAGAUCACUUACAAGAACCUGGCCAACUGGUACAAGGAGCUCAGAGAGUACAGACCCGAGAUCCCCUGCUGUGUGGUGGCCAACAAGAUCGACGCUGACAUGAAGGUGACCCAGCGAAGUUUCAACUUUGCCAAAAAGAAAGGACUCCCUUUUUACUUUGUAUCUGCUGCCGAUGGCACUAACGUCGUUAAGAUGUUCCGGGAGAUGAUCAAGCGAGCCGUGGAAUACAAGCAAAACCCUAGCGACUUCAUGGAUGAAGUCAUGCAAGAACUGGAGAGGUUUGAGCUUGAGAAGAAUGAAGUGCAUUCUAAUGCGGAGGGCGGUGACGUCGAUAGGGAGGAGAGCCCAGAGUUGCCCUGACCAAAGUCCUCACGUAACCAUCAUCCUCUGUCCUGAAGCAGUAUCAUGACCUCUGCUAGACUUGCGCUUAUGUAUUGUUGGUAGACACGGGUCCUCGAUUUACGACGUAGUUCCGUGCUUAUGUCGUAACCCGCUAUUGUCAGUCACUAGCCUACGCUAAUGCAGCAAAUACGGUGGUGACUGAGAUUGCAAUCCCAUGUCAUGUGACCAUGUAUUUUUACACCUCUGUGCAAACAAGUGCAUUGUGUGCCAUACAUACCCUCGAAAUCGCGCAUGUUUGGGACCUUAGUAAACCGAGGACCUCUUGCAAUUUGUAUCCAGGUUACCUGCUGGAAGAAUUGAAACAGUGCGUUGUUUACCAGCUUCAUAUCUGAAUAAAAGUUUGAAUGUUAUUAAGAGCAGUCACAAUCAUGUUACUAGAAUUGCAAAAUGUAAGGAAUUAUCAAAACUGGAAAGUUUCCAUGAGAAUUAAGGAGGAUUUAUGGGAAUAAACCAGAAAUUCAGAAGAUUGACCCUUCAUAUGAAACUUGAGGCAGGCUAUAGUGUCAGUGGCUCCAUCACCAGCUCAAGCCAUUUGGCCAAAGGACAACUCCUAUCUCAAAGCAGCACUGUACCUGUGGCGAAUACUUUAUUUUCCAAAUUACCAUGCUAUUUUCCAGAUAUUUUCCACUCCUUAGCAACAGUACAUGUCACUAUGUACCAUGAACCACUUCCGCUUCCUUGUUCCUGGUGUUGGUUUGGUUACAUUAGUUUCAGGUUGCACAGCCUGUUUGCUAGCAGCUGUUUACUCGAAUCAUCAACAAUGUCAUUUUCAUACUGGAAAACAAAGAAUGUCCUUUUUAUUUCAACAUUGUCAAUAAGUUGUGUAAGUGUUGUAAAUUGUGAAUAAAUGUACCAAGGCACUGA